AUGGGAGUCACGUAUGGAAAGAAGAGAGAUCUGCAACAUUUUCCAGGCAGAAGCAACACACACCUGAACGGGUCUGCCUCAGUGAUGCAGACACACCAAACUGAACAGCAAGAACGAUACUCAGAGCUUCAGGCUCCGACAGUACAGAGUGAGGAGGACAGCCGAAAUCUCAUCAGACCCCAAAAACCUCUCAAUCCUUUAACGACCUCCAAGAGCCACCAGGAGCUCCACAGAGAACUGCGGAUGAGUCACAAGAGGAGAGUGUCGCAAGAAGGAAAGAGUGAACUCCAGAGGGCUUUAGAAAAGAGAAAAUGGGAACAAAGGAUGAAAGCGAGCAGGGAUCAGGAAGAGCAAUCACCACUUCAUCAAGAGCUGUUGAAAAGACAACAGAGGCUAGAAAAGUUGGAUAGAGACAAAGGACAACAGCUAGAGGGGCCAGAGUUCCUCCGAGUCAAAGAGGGACUGAGAAGAACUGCAGUGGAUUCAGGAGAAAAAGUGCGACAGUUCUGA